UUAUGGUGAUAUGUCAAAUUCCAAACUAAACUUGUCUGGGACUCUGGGACAAAUUGUGUUAGUUUAUUUAAUAUAUCUUUUUCUUAUUUAUUUAUAGGUAGUGUUUUGUAGUGAAUGUAGUUUAUGUGUGAAAUUUGUGUUUAGUGUGAAGUGUCAAUUUGAUGUCUCGUUUGCACUGGAAUUAUGGAUAAAGUUGAUCAAAAUAUAAACAAAGAUAUGAUUGAAUCUGAUCUCAUUGACUUGGAUUCGCUUGAUUUUUCUGAUGAUCAAACUUGGCUCUAUGUGGUACCUGGCGAUAGCGGCCAAAGAGUGGAUAUAAACGAAUGGAAAUUGUCAUGUCACUGGCUCUAUGAAAAGGAUCCCGAGUAUGAGAAAUUGAAAACGAAGUUUUUUUCAAUGCUGGAUGCUAUACAUAAACACGACGAUGUGGCGAUACCAGAUAAACACAAAUUCGAUUCUCGAACGUACGUCAAGCCAAAGAAGCGAGUACAAAGGCCGAGUAUCCAGAGUGUUGUUGAAGUUGUCUCCAAUCCACCAUCUAUCUUACAGAAUACAAUCGGACAGUCUGUUAACAAAUACCUCACAUACAACAAAUACAAUAAUCCUUUGGGACCAAUCAGCCCGAUGUUAAGGCUCAAAACUUUCAAUGUGGAUAUCAAUACCGAUAAUAGUAAUGCUAUUAAAGAAUACGCUAUGAAAAGAAGAAGUCUCGUCCCAGAUGAUGAUCCCCAGCUCGAAGACUUGGAUAUGGCGCUUUCUGCGGACGUGUCAGAGCCAUCAGGGCCUAUAGCGUCUCGUCCAAUCAACAUAGACCUGUCCCAGCCGGCUAACAACCUGCACAACACGUUCAACAAGGGUUUGACAAACAUAUUGAACGAACGUGGUAGCCUAAAUAUGUACCAAAGCGGGGAAUCACUGACCAGGAUGUCGCCUCCGAGCCUCGUGUCUUCACUACUCAUGGAGAGUUCAGGCACCUUCAACGCCGAGUCUUUAGAUAGCAGGAAAUCAAUUGCCUCUUAUAAAGAUGCAGGUUUACCAAUAACAUCAGGUCGUGAAAGCAUCGAUCCAAUGAUGACAAGUAUGUCCCUUAGCAUAUUAGACGAUAAAGAUAUGAAUACCAGUUUCUUCUCGCAGACAACCUUCCCUGAUAAUGAGAGUCUUAUAGACUCUUUACCGCCCAGUUUAGUUAGCUCUGUUAACUCCUCUUACGUUGUUAAUACAAAGCCUAAAAUCGAAGGUACGGAUUCUAAUAUAUUCAGUUCGGCAACCUUCACUCAUCUAGAACAAUCCGAAAGACUUCUAUCAGCACGUCCUAGAUGUCAACUAUACAAUAGUUACACGAAACGAGAAUCAGGCAUACGGAAUACAGAAAGUUACACCAAAUCUAGAGAAGAAGCUUGUCAAAUAGACCAAAUUAAUAAAGUACUGAAUGAAAAUUCAGAUAAUAAAGAUACAACGAAAAUAUCAAAAUCUAAUGAUAUGAGCGAAACAAUAACGCUACAUUUCUCAAACAACAAAUACAAGAAUAAGGACGCAGAGAAAGAAAAUCUGAACGAAACAUUUGAAACGGAUGACGCUUUUUACAGAGAUAAUGGCUUACAAAAAGUAGCAGAUUUAGUUAAAAACAGUUUGAAUGUAACGUGCGAUAAACAAGAGUUGAACGAAAUCAAACAGGCGCGUCAGAAACUUUCGUUAGCUAGAAGAGGUUUGCCGAUUGAACCUGACAAACCUUUACCAAACCAAGUGGACCCUACAGCUGUGAAAAUACAAUUACCUAACCAAACAAUCACAGUGCCACGACAGAGCGUCGAAAGUGUCUCUGAAUUGAUGAAAAGAAGAUCACAGAAUUUGACCAAUCAUACAAACGAAGAACCGGCGAGGGAGACACCCAAAAGGAAUGCAACGUUUAGAAAAGUUUCACCACGGCAAAGCGCAACAGUAGUUUACGUUAAAUCGGAUGAUGAUAAAAUAAUCGAUAUAAAUUCUGCAACUAUGAGUCUUAUUGGCGCCGGACAAAAUACUUUACAACCAGAAGAGUGGGGGUCCCAAGAAACAGCAAUGGUGGGGUCUAGCGAGAGCACUGACACGGGGACUUUUAGUUCCUCCAGCCCUCCGGAGAGCGUUCCUGAUACUGGAAGACACAUACAUUAUACUUGCGAGGUCGCAUCAACACCGUUAGUUUCGAAGAAAGCACCCAAAAAUGAAUUAUUACAAACAACGAUAUCUCCAAUAUUUGCGAUGCAAGAUAAAUCUUUUGUACUAGCUAAAGCACAUAGCACGGAGAUGGAACAAACUUAUGAUGUUAACACAACGGUGAUAUUGAAUGAAGCGAAGGCGGCGGUUAACACUCCAAGGAGGGAUUUGGUUAAUGUGACCUCGGAGAAGAUAACACCCCCUACAACUAUGAUUAAAUCACCUAGUAGGAUUUCACCUACUAGUAGUGGACCAUAUAGUUCGAUGGCACCUCCCACGUGUGUACCGAAGCGAGCAAACCUACCGACAUCGAAGUUAAGGCAGUACAGCUCACAUAGAGAACUUAAUAGAAUUCCAAUAUGUGAAAAUAUUGUAUUUAUACUGCAGCAGGCGCCCACUUCGCGUCCCUAUGUGACGUCGAGUGCGACGAUAACGCGAGUGUCCCGCCCCACUUCCGUACCAACGCAGAGGCCUGUUGCAGCGGUAGAUAGUCGUCCGUUCACAGCGGUGGAGUCCCGCGUGUCGGCGUUGCCGCGGCCCUCGCGGCUGCCGGCGCCGCGCCGCACCAUCAGACCACCAUCAGUAUACUCUGUGGCACCAGCGGCCGACAUCGACCACUACUGACCACUAACCCUCGUGCCAAUCGGACCACCGUGGUCCAAACUAAUUUAUCUAACUAAACUAAAUCUAGCGUUAUUAUAACAGACUGAAAACUCGGUGUCUUUUGAAAAAUUUUAUACGUUUAGUUUUUUUAUCUGUUUGGAAAAUCGGCAUUUGUGAUGUUGCCAGUAUUGUAGUUUAUCUACGAUUAUAAAAAUGUAGUUGACUAAAUUCCUAAUAUUAUUUCUUUUAUGACAAUAAUAUAUAAAAAAAAAUUCAAAUUAUCUCUUAACGUUUUGGAAAAUAUUGCAUGAAGUAUUGUCCUUGUCAAAGUUUUUUAAACAAAAUUGUAACUAU